GGCCGAGGAUGAAGCCCGCCCCGCAGCCCGUCUUCGACGUAGUUCGGUGAGCGGUUCCCGUGCAUCGGUAUCGUCUCAUGACUCGGUUCCCGCAUAUAUUCCCGCUCCAGCUCCCUCUGCCCCUCACGCUGCCCCUCACGCUGCUGCUCAACAGGAUCCGGGGGUCAUGCCGGUUCAUCUAUUGGUUCAACAACCAGGUCGAGAGCAUCUCCCGUUUCUCCAACCCAACCCACGACGAGGCCAUAGCACUUGGUUCACCAAGUCGAAAAAUGGCAUUAGCCGGAGCAUCAACCAGAAGAUGUACUCCAUGCUCCGUUUUGGAUAUCCAAAGUGGAGUGUGAUCCCUUCCGACGAACGAGAGUUGUGGUUUCGUCAGUUUGCGCAAGAGUUCAACUGGCACUCCGAUCUUACGGAAACAGUCCGUAAGAAAUUCAACGAAAAGGCCAUGGACUCUUACACAAAGCAGAUAAACGCGUGGAAGACAGUUUGGCAGAAGAACAAGAAGCCACGGUUCAUCAACGGGGGGGUGUGGGAGCAGUUGAUAGCUCAUUGGGAGAGGGAAGACACUGCAGAGACGUCUUCUAGGAACUCCAGGAACCGGAAGAGCGAUCGUGGCGGGAAAGGUAUGUAUGUGCACAACCUCGGCGCUUGCUCCAUGUCUACUAAGGAGGAUGAACUUAUCGAAGCAAAUGACGGUAAUCCCGUUGAUCGUCUCCAACUCAUUAAGGUGGCUCACACUAACAAGACGACGGGUCAAAUUCAGGACCCCGUGAUCAGAGGUGUAGUUGAUUUGGUGGAAGCUGAAAUAUCGGCUUCGUUUAUGACUUUCGACAACACUCCAAAACAACUUCUUCAGUUGAGGCUUGUUAGGAUGUAG